AUGGCGGAGGCGCGGCCAGCGUUGGCUCGGGCUCUGCUGCAGCAGUGCGUGUGCGCCCGGCUGCAGGUGAAGCCGCCUGAACACGGCUCCGAGGCCGAGUGGGUGGAGAUCCAGAAAGGACUUGUUAUCUACAUAUGCUUCUUCAAAGGUGCUGAUGAGGAUCUUGUUCCAAAAAUGGUCAAUACACUGCUGAAUGUUAAAUUGAGUGAAAAUGAAAGCGGCGAGUACAUUUCUGUUCUGGAUUUACCAGGCGAUGUGCUAAUCAUACCACAAGCUACCCUGGGCGGUAAGCUGAAGGGGAAAAAGAUGCAGUACCAUGCAAAUAUUGAAAAAGAGAAAGGGUUGGAACUUUAUUCUCAGUUUGUGACUUUGUGUGAAAAAGAACUGGCUGUCAAUGCCAGAUGCAUGGAAGCAGGUGUUCUCGUCAAGCACGGCACAUACGGAAACAGGCAGGUGUUAAAGCUGGAUACAAAUGGACCUUACACUCAUCUGAUUGAAUUUUGA